AUGUUGUUCGAACGACUGCCAUGUCGCCGCAUGGCCUUUGCUGCCGAGUAUCACGGUCAGUCGCUGGUUCCGUUGGUUGAAUCUAGUGCAUGUUCUUUGCCACCGAACGAUAUUCAACCAUCAGCUACUGCUGCUGAGAAUAAUGCAUCAGUACAGGCUUUCACGCAAAGACAAGUUAGUUCAGCCAAAAAUUCUUCGAACUAUCUAAUUGGGUAUUUGCGAGGCAAUAGUCCGCCUGGGAUCGUCUGA